AUUGAUCUCGGCUAGUGAUUUCACUAGUCGGUGCGAAGCCCGGAUUCGGCCCGCUGCUGCUGCUCGCGUCUCCUGUCCCGUCGUCGGACCCUCGUCCAAGCCGUCAUCGUCCUCACCACUCGAUCCAGCCUAGCAGCAAGGCGGCAGACGGACGGGAGGAUGAUGGGGAGCAACAACUCCGGCGGCGCAGGGGGAGGGGGAGGGAUGGCCCCGGGCACGGGGGCCGGCGGCAGCGACGGGCGGCACGACGACGAGGCCGUGCUCACCGAGUUCCUCUCCUCCCUCAUGGACUACAACCCCACGAUUCCGGACGAGCUCGUGGAGCACUACCUCGGCCGAAGCGGCUUCCACUGCCCCGACCUACGCCUAACAAGGCUGGUUGCUGUAGCUGCUCAAAAGUUCAUUUCAGACAUUGCAAGUGACUCUCUUCAGCACUGCAAAGCCAGGGUUGCAGCACCUAUCAAAGAUAACAAGAGCAAACAACCGAAGGAUAGACGUCUUGUAUUGACAAUGGAUGAUCUUUCAAAAGCCUUGCGUGAGCAUGGUGUUAAUCUGAGACAUCCAGAGUAUUUUGCGGACAGCCCAUCAGCAGGGAUGGCCCCCUCAACAAGAGACGAGUAGAAUCGAUCGCUUCUACAACGAGAGGACUAGAAUCCGUUGUUUCUUGUAAGCAUACUAAGUGAACGGUCGUGUCUUUCCCAACUUUAUGUAACAGAACCUUAUAAUCAUGUAUGCAAUGGCAGUUCUUGA